AUGUCGACCAUCACACAGAAGAGAAGGCCACCGCCAUUGAUCAGGACGCAAACCUCGGCGAGCGCCUCAUCUGAUUCUUCCGCCGAUUCUCUCAAAGUCCCAGGUCCACGGACACCACGCUUUGCUGAGGCAACGGCCGUGUACUCUCCAAUAGACCCUCCAGAUCGAUCACCAUUUGCCGAUCCACCAGAGCCAGCCGUUAAAUUACAAACAGUCAUGGCUCAGUCACAGCCCUCAGAUAUCGGCUUCGGCUACAUCUCACAGAACGAUGCCUCACGGCACGACCAAGGGAUUCCAGUCGAGAUUCCACAAACACCAGGAUCACCAUUAAAGAGUGCUAUGAGGAUACCGGGGACACCAGCGAGGAAAUUCGACAACCCGCUGAGUCCGACGUUCCGAGAAGAGCAGAUCUUGGAGAAGCAUGAGGAUAUGACGGAUAAGGAACAAGCGAAGGACUUGACGGUAAAGACAAGAGUACGCAUGGCAAAGUUCAUUCUCAGAGGUGUCAGCUUCAGCUGUAGUUUGAUCGUUCUCGCCAUGAUCUCGAUGACAUUCUCCAUCUUCAGAGCCACCCGAGCGUUACCUCCACGAAACAAUCUUCCACCUUGGGCAGCCGGAACUAAGCAAUGGCCUCAAAUUCUCGUUCUUUCCGUCGCUUGUGUUUCGUUAACGCUUUGUCUCGUGAUCUUCUGGAACUACUGGAAAGGAGGCCAUAAGCGAGCGGAGAAGGUCGCAGUUUAUUACACUCUCUUCGCUGUGGCAUUCUUCAUUUUCAGCGUCGUGAUGUGGGGAAUUGCAGCUGGUAUCUUGCAAGGCUCGAAGAACAACAGCAACAAUAAAGAUAUCUGGGGCUGGUCAUGUGUCGAUAACAAGAGACGUCAACUAUUCCAAGAGAAGGUUGAUUACGGACUUGUUUGCAGAAUGCAGUCCUGGUCGCUUGUUUGCUGCAUCAUCGAAAUCGUCCUCGAGCUUAUCUCCAUCAUCCUCUACGCUGUUGUCUUCUACAGAUAUUACAGCAAGCAACGUCUACGCAAGUCUAUGGACGUUCGUGACCGCGCUCGAUCCGAUCUUUACCUUGCCCAACUUCGCUCUCAAUCCGCACCAAACACUCCAGGCUUCGGUCCUCUCUCUCCAUCAUACUCGACUCACAUUAAAUCUCCACGCUUCCCACCAUCCACCUACGCACGAUCCAGCGAUGCCGAAGAGGGAUUCGCAGGUGCUCGCUUCGUAGAGGCUAAACCAGCGGGAUAUCAAUCAGAGAAGAAGCCAUUUACCCUACAAGCUCCACCAAUCAAGGUCCACAGUGCCACACCCAAGACUCCUCAAGGCGGCUUUUCAUCUCUUCCACCACGCGCAAUCUCCCCACCACAAGAGCGAAUCGUCGAGCACGUUGCAGCUGCACCGGGAGAACAGACUUAUGCUUCCGUUCCGAUCCCAGGCGCUUACGCUUCACCAUUACCCACCAAAACCACAUUUGGUGAUGUAGGCACCGCGAUGACCAGCGACAGCCGAAUCGAGAGUCCGCCAUCAAGUCCAAGGGGCUGGGAACGUCGAUGA